AUGGAUGACUAUGACUAUGACUAUGACUCUACUGGGUAUAUAUGUGGAGCUAUGCCUACGUCCAUGAGCAAGCUUGCCGCAGGUCUGCACGGACUGGCGGACGGAGCUGGAGCUGGGGAGCACCCCAGGCUGCAGGGUAACUGGUCGCUGCAAGGUACGGGCGAACCCGUCGAUCGACGGGCUCGUAAUCGAAUGGGAUAA